UUCUAAUACUCGUUCAGUAUACUUUCAUCCGUGGCCUCGCGCGGAAACAAAGAAAAAUGAUUUUAUUGUGUUUGUUCAUAGUUCUUAUCAGCCAUAUAUGUGUCAGUGAAAGUGGAUUUUGUGGUGAUGACCUGCGCACUUGUGUGUGUCGCUAUAAUAACAAGGAAAAUGAAGACUUUUUAGCGCUAGAUAUCGACUGCUCCUAUAGUGAAAUAUCUCUGAAUGCAAGCCAUGAACUGCCCAAGGCAGUGAGGACCUUAGAUUUAUCAUCAAGCAAACUCACUCACAUAACAGAAUCGAACUUAUUCAAGUCGACAUCUCUGCAGGUGUUAUAUCUGGAUAAAAAUGAUAUCAUAAGCAUAGACAUACAUGCACUACAGUUACCGGCACUGAAAAUACUGGAUCUGAGCAAUAACAAACUAGAAUUCUUAGAUCCUGAGGUUUUCCAGCGAACAAAGCAAUUAGAUUAUUUAAAUUUGGCGUCAAACGCCUUCAAAACGUUCUCGCUAAUGAAUUUCCAUCACUUGUCCGCUUUGAAAGAGAUUGUUCUGGACGACAACUCAAUAGGCACACAUUUGCAACAAGUUAAUUUAUUCCAACACGACGGAUUAGCUCUGACUACAAAGAUCAAGAAUAUAAGUAUUAAAGGAAUAAGUAUGGAUUACUUUCCUGAAAACUUCUUGCUCGAUGCCUACGAUUUGAGACGCCUCAGUGUUGCCAACAACAAUAUAUCUGUCAUCCCAGAGUUGCCAUUCACUCUGGAAUAUCUCGAUCUUUCUGAUAAUCCUAUAACAGAUAUUGAUGCAGAAGAUUUCUCCGAAUUGCCAGCUUUGAAAGAGUUAAGGUUAAAUAAUUUGCUAAUAAAAGAAGUCAAAGAAUACGUCUUCGCAUCAAUGAAGAACCUUGUCAAACUGGAACUACAAAACAAUAGAAUGUUGUCUAACUUUAGUUCUCUGGCAUUUGGGAACGAAGUCUUAGACGACCCUACGUACUUGACAUUAGAGUCAUUAUCGCUUAGAAGUUGCAGAUUAUGGACGUUGUCUAAAGAGUUGGAGGUACCGUUUGGGCAGUUAACGAAGCUGGAUUUGCAAGGAAACCCGUGGAAAUGCGACUGCAAUCUGCUCUGGAUGAAGGAAUUACAGCUACCAGAAGAUGAUAUUGAACAUUUUCGAUGCAACACCCCGCGAGCAUUCUACAACGCAAAGAUAUCAGAGCUCAAUGCGAAAUACUUCGUAUGCCGGCGACUUAAGAGUCAAGAUGCUGGGAUCAUCGCCGCUAUAGCGUUUAUAACUAUUUUGACGAGUAUAGCUCUAUGGUUAUUCUUUUGUUUACCUCGGUACCAGAAAAGAAGUGACUAUUUAAUGAAGAAUAUUAACUACCCUUCCACUGUUUAUAGCAUUCUGCCUCUUACUCAAGAAAUAACUCAGGAUAGGUGAAAGCGAAUAAGUAAAUGGGUUGUAAAUUGAAUAAGGUCAUUUUGACCGUUAUGUAUGAUUAUGACAUGACACAAUCAAACAAAAAAAAUUAAUUGAUUCGAUUCGUGAUAUAUUAUGUACUUGGUACUUUCAGAUAUAAACAUGAACAAAUUUAAUGUUAAUUUAAUAAGAUAAUAAGAACUAAGUCGAUGGUUAUGCGAUCGUGAUAUAUUAUGUUGUAACUUAUUCAAUGAAUAAAAGACAAUGGUAAAAUUUUAAAUGUAUAUUCAAAAGUACAAAUGUGUACAGAUUGUUUUACAAUGAUAUUGUGCAUUCAGAUCAUUCAUUCACUAACCACGCAACUUUGUGCUAGAGAUUCAUUUACAUAAUUAUUAUACAUAAAUUUAAAUACAUAGGUACUAUACGGUCUUUCUACUAACUUGGCUAGAACAAAUUACGUAAUAUUAUUCCAAUUACUUUUAGGAGACAUGUAGCCCAGUAAAUAAAUCGACUAGAUGGAUUUCAUUUUCGAAAACAUUUUUUUUUUCUAAGGAUCAUUGAAAUGUAAUAAUGAUGUUAUAGAUACAAGUUCUUCAGCGAUCUAGCCAAGUUCAGAAUAGUAAGACAAGGAUUUCU